UAUCUUUGGCUUUCCGUCCUCCCUCUUCUUGCUUCCCAGUAUCUCUGGCUUUCCGUCGUUGUCGUUAGAGCUGGACACCGAAUCAGGUGGGUCUUCUCCAUUUCAAAUGUAGGUUACAUAGAGGGCAUGUGGGUUGAGUGUAUACGGCUGGACACCGAAUCAGGUGGGUCUUCUGUCGUCCCUCUUCUUGCUUCCCAGUAUCUCUGGCUUUCCGUCGUUGUCGUUAGAGCUGGACACCGAAUCAGGUGGGUCUUCUCCAUUUCAAAUGUAGGUUACAUAGAGGGCAUGUGGGUUGAGUCUUUAAAUCUCUUGAAGAUUUUCUGGCAAAAGGGUUUUAUUUUGCUUGUGGGAAUAGAACCUCGCAAAGCAGUUAGCUAUUUCGGAGUCGGUGGUAAGAAAUUUGCUGUUUAA